UGAAGUAGCAAGGCAAGGGAGACGCUCCCUUCUCCGAUAGUAACGGAAAGGCAAAGGGCCGCGCUCUUCUGUCUUUUUUUACUUGUUUUAUGAGAUUUCCUUUGUAGGAUUGAGUGCUGUUAUUGUAAAAGUGCAAGCUUUCCAAAUUCUAGCAAGGGAACAAAUCUAGCAGACUUUGUGGAUUACUGUACAAAUACGGAAAGCAGAGCAUUGGAGUGUUGGGACUGUUUUGAAGGCGAGCUUGCUCUGUAAUUAUGCUUCAGGCACAGUGCGAUUCUGUUGUUGAAGGCGUUCCGUGAUUCGAGUUCUCAGGUGUUUUUGAAAGUGGCAUUUUGUGAUGGGGAAACUCUGGUAUAUUUGAAAUUGGAUUUUUUAAUGUCUUGGUCUUGUUGCCGAUGACGGGGACGUUGAUUGCAACCUUCCAGCUUUCUCUGGUAAUUUGGAAUACGGGUCAGCGUGUUGGUAGGGCUGGCGACAGUCGUGUUUCUUGUCAGAUUGCUUCAUGAAGGGCUAGUGGCAGAAACAGUAGUGACAUGGAGAAUAAAGAAACUCUUAGGGGGUUGCCAAAAAUGGAUGACCGCCCAGAGGAGCGUAUGAUUAGGGAGAAACUAAAGGCAACCUGCAUGCCAGCCUGGAAGCAUGAAUGGCUCGAAUUAAGAAGUAGGAGAGGCCCUGUAAUUGUGAAACCGAUUCCACUGAAGGCAGAUGGAUCUGAUAGUAAGUUACUGUCAGAAUCUCAAAGUGAAGGAAUGGCCGCUACAUGUCAGACACAGCGGGGCAGACGCAGCCCGUCACCAAGCAGCUCUUCUGCCACAUCGUCUUCUACAGCAUCCAAAAGUCUGAAGUCUGAGUCUCCAGGGGUGAGAAGAAGACGAGUAUCUCCUGUACCUUUUCAGAGUGGACGGAUCACACCCCCUAGGAGAGCUCCAUCCCCUGAUGGCUUCUCCCCAUAUAGCCCAGAGGAAACCAAUCGCCGAGUCAACAAAGUUAUGCGUGCAAGGCUAUACUUGUUGCAGCAAAUAGGGCCCAACUGUUUCUUAAUAGGAGGUGACAGUCCAGAUAAUAAAUAUCGGGUGUUUAUUGGACCACAGACCUGCAGCUGUGGCCGUGGAACAUUCUGUAUCCAUCUUCUUUUUGUCAUGCUCAGAGUGUUCCAGCUAGAAUCUUCAGAUUCAUUGCUGUGGAGGAAAACCCUAAAAAAUUUUGAGGUUGAGAGUUUAUUUCAGAAAUACCACAGUAGACGAAGUUCACGAAUUAAAGCUCCAUCUCGGAAUACAAUCCAGAAAUUUGUUUCUCGUUUAUCCAAUUCACACACUUCAGUUUCAUCUAGCACCUCCACAUCAACUACAGAAAGCAGUGUGAAUGAUGAGGAAGAACAGAUGUGUCCAAUCUGCUUGCUGGAUAUGCUUGACGAAGAGAGCCUUACUGUCUGUGAAGAAGGGUGUAGGAACAAACUGCAUCAUCACUGCAUGUCAAUCUGGGCUGAGGAGUGCAGAAGAAACAAAGAACCCUUAAUCUGCCCUCUUUGUAGAUCGAAGUGGAAAUCUAAUGACUUCUACUGCCAUGAACUACCAAGUCCUGUAGAUGGUCAAUCUGCAAUAAGGCCUAUCCAGCAACCAAACAGCCAGCAUCACCAGUCUGUUUCUGGAACACCAAGGAGGCAACAGGAUGGUGGCUUUAACUUAACUCAUUAUGGGGUGCAGCAGAUACCGCCAGCAUACAAAGAAGUAUCUGAGCCUUGGAUUCAGGUGUUCGGUUUUGAACUAGUUGGAUGCCUUUUUUCUCGAAACUGGAACAUACGAGAGAUGGCACUUAGGCGUCUAUCCCAUGAUGUCAGUGGUGCUUUACUGUUAGCCAAUGGUGAAAGCACAGGAAGUGCAAGCAGUGUGACCGGAAGCAGUUUAAAUGCUGGAGCACUAGGAGGAGUUAAUGGGUCAUCUCAGACUACUAUCUCAGGAGACACUGUGGUAGAGUGUUGCUGCAGCGUGUUGUCUAUGGUCUGUGCAGAUCCAGUCUACAAAGUCUAUGUUGCUGCACUGAAAACAUUAAGAGCCAUGCUCGUUUAUAGUCCUUGCCACAGUCCCGCAGAAAAAUCAAAGCUCCAACGGUUACUUAAACCUGUGGUUGAAACCAUAUUGGUUAAAUGUGCCGAUGCCAACAGUCGAACAAGUCAGCUUUCUGUUUCUACAUUGCUGGAACUGUGCAAAGGCCAAACCGGAGAGCUGGCAGUUGGUAGGGAGUUACUUAAGUCAGGGUCCAUUGGCAUUGGUGGUGUUGAUUAUGUCUUAAGUUGCAUUCUUGGAACACAAACAGAACCCACAAACUGGCAGGCAUUGCUUGGUCGUCUCUGUCUCAUAGACAGGCUUCUUCUGGAAUUUCCUGCUGAGUUUUAUCCACACAUUGUCCCAGGUGUGGAGGCUUUACACUGUGACCCUGCAGUAGAAAGAUAUAAAAAACUACUGUCCCUUCUGAACUUUGCUUUACAAUCCAUUGAUAAUUCCCAUUCAAUGGUUGGUAAACUGUCCCGUAGAGUCUUCCUGAGUGCAGCCAGAAUGGUUGCACGAGUGCCUCAUGUAUUUGUAAAACUGUUGGACAUGCUAAGUGAAACCAGCUCAACCCAUUAUGCACGUAUGCGUAGACGUUUAAUAGCCAUAGCUGAAGAAAUGGAGAUUAUGGAUGCCAUCCAUUUAGGCAUGGAGGGUGCACAGACUGUCGAAGGAAGGCAUGAUUUUGUAGAACCUUCAGCUCCUCAUAACUCACCAAAUGAAACAGGAAACAAUACCCCACUUAGUACUGUUCACUUAUCUAGCAAACCAGGAAAAAAUAUUGGUGACUUUAAAUUGGGUGCCAGCACUGAGGACAUUUCUGAAAGACUAGGAGCCAUGAGUAUGGGACUUCCAUUGCUACCACUGUCAAAUGAACAACCAAAGGCUACUGUUCAGACAAGAAGUAGACCACAGAGUCAGUGUCUGAAUUCUCCCUCAUCUUGUCAUUCCCCAGCUUUAUCCCCAACACGCUGCUCGCCCUCAUCUUCUCCUUUUGUUGUACCUACAUCUGUGACUGACAGCACUAAGCUCCGAACUCAGGGAUUUUUCCCAAGUAAGUUAGCAUCUGCUUCUCCUCAGAUGCAGCGCAAGUUUUCUCUUCAGUUUCAGAAGAAUGUUCCUGCAGACAGAGACACUGAAAAACAUUCUCCAGUUUUUAUGCCUACGCAUGUUUUGCCAGCCAGUCCUGUCUUCAAACCAAAAUCAUCUCAGUCUCAGCAAACGCAAAGUGAUGCAGGGAAACAUACUGAUGUUUCUAAGAGCAGUAUGUUGCUUGACUUAAAAGACACAGCCCAUUGUGAUGGCAGUAGCAGUACUGUAGUUACACCAGGUGAUAAUGCAGUAUGUACUCCUGUGGAGAGCCGAUACAGUCGUUUAGAUGCUUCUGCGGACCUGAACUCCAGCAUAGAGGACUUACUGGAAGCCUCUAUGUCUACAAGUGACAGUACAGUAACAUUUAAGUCUGAAGUUGCAGUGCUUUCUCCAGAGCGAGCAAAUGAUGAUACAUACAAAGAUGAUGUCAAUCAGAACCAGAAAUGUAAAGAAAAGAUGGAAGCUGAGGAAGAGGAAGCAUUAGCUAUUGUUAUGGCAAUGUCUGCUUCCCAGGAUGCACUUACAGUAAUUCCACAGCUUCAAGUUGAAAAUGGGGAGGAUGUGAUCAUUAUUCAGACUGUUACACCUGAAACACUUCCUGGCUAUACCAAAGCAAAACAGCCUUACACAGAGGGUGUGGAAUGGCUUAAAGGUCAGCAAAUUGGCUUGGGAGCAUUUUCUUCAUGUUACCAAGCUCAGGAUGUAGGAACUGGAACGUUAAUGGCUGUUAAACAGGUAACAUAUGUAAGAAAUACAUCCUCGGAGCAAGAAGAAGUGGUGGAGACCUUACGGGAAGAGAUCAGGAUGAUGAAUCACUUGAACCAUCCAAAUAUCAUAAGAAUGUUAGGUGCUACAUGUGAGAAAUGCAACUACAAUCUUUUUGUAGAGUGGAUGGCAGGUGGAUCAGUUUCUCAUUUACUGAAUAAGUAUGGCCCUUUCAAAGAAACAGUAAUCCUAAACUAUACAGAACAGUUGCUGCGUGGUCUUUCUUAUCUCCAUGAAAAUCAGAUUAUCCACAGAGACAUCAAAGGUGCCAAUUUGCUAAUUGACAGCACAGGGCAAAGACUAAGAAUUGCUGACUUUGGAGCUGCAGCCAGACUGGCAUCCAAAGGCACUGGUGCUGGUGAAUUUCAGGGACAGCUGCUGGGAACUAUUGCAUUCAUGGCACCUGAGGUACUGAGAGGCCAGCAGUAUGGUCGAAGCUGUGAUGUGUGGAGUGUUGGUUGUGUCAUUAUAGAGAUGUCUUGUGCUAAACCCCCGUGGAAUGCAGAAAAACACUCUAAUCACCUUGCUCUAAUAUUUAAGAUUGCCAGUGCAACAACUGCUCCAUCAAUUCCUCCCUAUCUUUCCCCUGGCUUGCGUGAUGUUACUCUUCGGUGUCUGGAACUCCAACCUCAGGAUAGGCCUCCAGCACGAGAGCUUCUAAAACACCCAGUCUUCCGUACUGCCUGGUAGAAAAUACUGUGAGAAAAUAAAAGCUGUGCAAGAUAUGCUACUGAAUACAGGAAACCAGGUGAAUUCAAAGUUCUCUGGAGCUGUAUGCGGUGUUCGGAUUGUUGGCCUUAAUGGUAUGCUGCAGAUAGCAGGGCCAUGUGAAUGCUUGUAUCAGCACUUGGCUGAUAUUGCAAUACUUUAAAUUUAUUACCCUAAUGUGGUAAAUUCAUUACCUUAAUGUGGUAUGCAAAAGUGACACAAGUUUCACUUAAAUAAGUAAACUGUGCCUUUAGUGAUCAGGCCUUUGAGGAAACAAGAAAGCAGCUCUUACUACGAAAAAAGUUGAUAGUUGUAGGGCAAGUAAUGCCUUCUCUUAUUAGAGCACUUUUUGGCAAUAUUAGCAGCUGAGGAAUGCAGAACCUUUUUUUUUUUCGUUGUUGAGUACCACUAUUGUCAUGUAGCAUGGCACACUGUGGUUCACUAGCAGGGAGGAGUAUUAUGUGUGCCAGCAGAGUUUAAAGCAUUUUUCCCACCAUCAUUCUGUUGAGCAGACUACUGAAGUUAUAAUUUUUUCUGAUUGUAAAAAGAAUUAUGAAAUUGUCAAAUUUACUAGCCUUUUUCACUUUGUUUCAAAUUUGAUUUGCCUUCUUUAUCAUAAAAGAUGAUUAUGCUGCACUUUGUGCAAUUUACUGUCAAGUCUUGCAAAACUACAUGUAAUAACCUUUUUAAGUUUAACAUUCAGGGAAAGGUGAUCCAAUAUUUAAAAAAGAAAAACGAGCGUAGAUGCAAAGAACUGCUGCAGUCACUUCAAAGGGUUGAUAAGGAAACUGCAUAUUUUUUCAGCAGGUCAAAGCUUUUAAAGCUUUGAAAGUGCAUUAAGGACUUAAGUUGCAUUUUCCAGUCCUCUGUUGUGAUAAAGCCUGCAUAAAGCAGGAUUGAGGCUACUGUUAUUUGGAGUAUGUGUUACUUGUUGAGCCUUUUUUAAAUUUACAUAUGUGUUUCCUGUUUAGAUUUCACAGAAGUUUUUCUAAGUCUUACUAUUCAACAUUGAGAAACAACUUAAAUGGUUUCUGAACUGCAACUCAACUGGUAGUAUUUUCUUUCUGCAGUACACCAUGUUCUGCAUCAUUUCUUGUUAGAUCAUUUUUGUUUGUCUUGAAGUUCCCCAAUCUGUCAUACCAUUGUCUGUAUUAAUUUAAUAAUUUUUGUAGUAAAAGGAAUACUGUACUUUUUUACUUGAAAUGUAAUGACAUGCACGUCAUUUUAACUUUUUUUUUCAUUGUCGGUAUUUCAGUGACGUUUUUUCUUGUGUGUGUGUAUGUGUGUAGAUUUAUUUUUUUACCGGUUUCUUUUCAUAACUUCACUGGAUGUAGUACUGAAGGAAAGUGGCAGAUCUCUAUUGUUGCUUUUUUCCCUUUUUUAAUCAAAUUCUAAGCAUAUUAAUUAUGUUGCUGUUUAUUUAAUCACUGUACAGAACAUGUAAUUUUAACUCUUCAGGUGCCAGAUACCUUUUAUGAUUAAAUUAAACUUCCACAGUCUCAGGAGUGCCUAAUAAAAUUUAAAGCACUAUAAGCUAAAGUACACAAUAAAGUGUAUACGAUUGGAAACUUCAGUAUUCUGUAAGCGUUUACAAGAAUAUUAUUAUCCUGAUAUUUAAAAAAUGUGAAUGUAUUUUACAAAAAAAAUGUACAUUCCUUAAGAAGGCACACUGGCUGAAAUUGAAGAGUUAAACUUUGCUGAAAUGUGAAGUUUGGUAGCUAACUUUAUUGUACUUGACUUUUGACCACUUUUUCUUUCUUUCUUUUUUUAUUUGGUUUUCUUGUGGUUCUUGUAAGAGGUUUUACAAGCUUGUAUUGUGUAAGCUUUAACUGAUGCAAUCUUGCCAUUUUAUAUACUGGAAAACCACUGUCUCAUCAGAUUGACUCAGUCUCUGGCAUAAUGUUAAACUGAUGAACCUCAGUUAAUCAGUAUUACCUUAGAUCGCAAAGUCUACCAUGUGUCAAACUCUGCCUUUAGAGUUUCAUUACUUUUUUGUGCAUUUCCCUCAGCUUGCUGGUAAUUGUGGUGUUUUAAAUGCAUUUGUGAUGUAUAUUCUUUUGUUUUUGUUUGUUUUUGGAUCAAAGCUGGAUUGAAAUUGUAUUGUAUAAUAAUUUGUGUGCCAUUCUUAAUGUUAUUUGGUACUUCCUGUGUUGUAAAUAAUGCCUACUGCUGUUUAUUCCAGUUUCUACUACCUCAGGUGUCCUUAUAGAAUUUCUUCUACCAAAGUUCACUUUCAUGAUGAAACUGUAUUUGCUAUAUGACUAUUACUUCUAAGACUUCCAGGGCUUAAGGGCUAACUUCUAUUAGCUCCUUACUGUGCAAGCAAUCUUUACAGAAAUCUCUGGGUUAAGAAAAUCUGGCUUAAAUGUAUCCUUUGUAAUUUUAAAUAUAUCAAGAUAUUUUAAUUAUUGAAAAAAAAAGUUUUUUACCCCAUUUGAACCAAUUUUAUAGUAUAAUUUGGACCUAUUUUGGUGUUUGUCUUCAUAGUAAAUAAACAUUUUUUGGAUAAA